AUGCCAGGCAUCAGCACAAAGUCGAUUCAUGCCGAUCAAUCCUUAAACAGGGUUCCAGAUGUUGUUCCACCAAUUAAUGUAACCACAACAUUCCGCUACCCGGAUGACCCAGAUGAUAUCAUUCCUGCUACAGAGUACCAAAACGACUCUUACGACCCUUCUACUUCAACACCAAUAUACUCUAGAAUUGGACACCCAAACUCUGCAAGGAUUGAGCAAGUGAUGAGUGAACUAUUAGGUGGUGAGACGGUUAUAUAUAAUUCUGGUUUAAGUGCCUUCUUUGCUGCAAUUAUGUACUUUAAUCCUAAAACUGUUGCAAUUGGUGACGGUUACCAUGGCUGUCAUGGUAUAUUGGAACUCUUAAAGAGAAACUAUAACCUGAAAAUCGUCGGUUUAGAUCAGUUAGAUCAGCUGGCUAAAGGUGAUUUGAUUCACAUUGAGACACCUGAAAAUCCCUUCUCUCGUGUUCAUAACAUCGCCUAUUAUGUUUCCAAGGCAAAAGAAAUUGGCGCUUUCACUUUAGUCGAUGCCACCUUUGCCCCACCUCCAUUGUCAAAUCCAUUUGAUUUUAAUGUUGACAUGGUUAUGCACUCUGUAACUAAAUAUUUUGGUGGACAUUCUGAUUUAUUGGCCGGUGUUUUAGUUACUAAAGAUCCUGCAGUAAAAAUACAAUUGGCUCGUGAUAGGGUUGUCCUCGGUACCAACAUUGCAAAUUUGGAGUCUUAUCUGUUGUUGAGAUCUUUAAGAACGUAUGAAUUAAGAAUUGAAAAGCAGAGUGAUUCCGCAACUAAGCUUGUUAAAUAUCUAUCUAGCAACAGAGCUAAAUAUCCGAAAAUUACAAGUAUCUAUCAUUCUUCUCUUCAGAAAGACGACUUUGUUGAUGCUCAAAUGACGGGCGGUCAUGCUCCGGUUUUCUCUAUCGAAUUGGAUACUCCCGAAAACGCAAAAUCCUUGCCUUCAAAACUUAAAUAUUUCCAACAUGCCACUUCUUUAGGAGGUGUUGAAUCUUUAAUUGAAUGGAGAGCUGUCACGGAUAAAAACGCAAAAAAGACCUUAUUGAGAGUCUCUGUAGGUGUCGAAAAUGUGGAAGAUUUGAUUGCUGAUUUCGAUCAAGCGUUGAAAUCCUAG